CCUUAUAAAUAUUUUUUAAUCUUUUACUUGACUUUGUCGGCUAAUGUGAAAUUAUUUCUUUAUUACUAUCGAUUUAUUUAACGGAUACUAGAUAUCUUGUAAACCAUAUUAUUGAGGUUGCCUAAGUCGUAUUAAUACAGUUUAUCAACCAAACUCACCAUGCCGCGAAUUAUGAUAAAGGGCGGCGUGUGGCGCAACACAGAGGAUGAAAUUCUCAAAGCAGCUGUUAUGAAAUAUGGCAAAAACCAGUGGUCACGUAUUGCCUCACUGUUACAUCGAAAAUCAGCUAAACAGUGUAAAGCCAGGUGGUAUGAAUGGCUGGAUCCGAGCAUUAAGAAGACUGAGUGGUCCCGGGAGGAGGAUGAGAAAUUAUUACAUCUGGCCAAGUUAAUGCCAACACAGUGGCGCACCAUAGCACCUAUCAUUGGACGUACAGCAGCACAGUGUUUGGAGCGAUAUGAAUAUUUACUGGACCAAGCUCAAAAGAAAGAAGAGGGAGAUGAUAUGGGAGAUGACCCACGCAAGCUGAAGCCUGGUGAAAUUGAUCCAAAUCCUGAAACAAAACCUGCCAGACCUGAUCCCAAAGACAUGGAUGAAGAUGAAUUGGAAAUGCUGUCCGAGGCACGUGCACGUCUUGCUAACACUCAGGGCAAAAAAGCUAAAAGGAAAGCGCGCGAAAAACAAUUGGAAGAGGCACGCCGCCUGGCAGCUUUACAGAAGCGACGUGAGCUGAGCGCUGCUGGUAUUGCUGUGCCCAUGAGGCGGAAGAAGAAGCGUGGUGUGGAUUAUAACUCAGAAAUUCCAUUCGAGAAGCGACCGGCAGCUGGUUUCUAUGAUACUUCAACAGAAGUAGUGGACCCAAUGGCUCCUGAUUUCUCACGCUUGAGGCAACAGCAUCUUGAUGGUGAACUGCAUUCAGAGAAAGAAGAGAGGGAGCGACGCAAAGAUAAACAAAAGUUGAAGCAGCGGAAAGAAAAUGACGUGCCACAAGCAAUGCUGCAGGGUGACCAGCCUGCGCGCAAACGUAGCAAGCUGGUGCUACCCGAGCCGCAAGUGUCUGAUCAGGAGCUGCAGCAAGUGGUGAAGCUGGGCCGCGCGUCGGAGGCGGCGCGGGCGGGCGCGGGCGGUGCGGGGGACGCGGAGGCCGCCACGGACGCGCUGCUGGCUGACUACGCGCUCACGCCCGCGCCAGCUACCGCGCUGCGGACGCCCGCGCACCACCAGGACAGAAUCCUGAUGGAGGCGCAGAACGUGAUGGCACUGACGCACGUGGAUACACCGUUGAAGGGCGGUCUUAAUACGCCUCUGCAACAAUCGGACUUCUCGGGAGCAUUACCACACGCGCAGGCUGUAGCUACGCCCAACACUGUCCUCGCCACUCCCUUUAGAUCAACUCGCAGCGAAGUGUCUACACCAGGGAGCUUUAAUACACCCAGUCAGGCAACAGGACAGUCGGCACUAAUGACGCCAGGAUUGCGGGACAAGUUAAGCAUUAAUCCUGAAGAUCGGUUGAGCGCCGGUGACACUCCUCAAAUGGCGAAUCAGUUGCAAAAACAGGCUGUGGCGUCGGUCCGCAGCGCGCUGGGCGGGCUGCCGGCGCCGCGCAACGACUACGAGAUCGUGGUGCCCGCGCCCGCGCCCCCCGCCGCCGCCGCCCCCGCGCCCGCGCCGCUCCUCGACCAGGCCGACGUCGACGCGCGCCGGCUGCGGGACCGAGACGAACGACGUUUGGCAGAACUGGCAUUACGUUCGACGGCUGUACAGCGAGGCUGCGCGCGGCCGGUGGACGUGAACGGAGCCGUAGUGCGGGGCGGCGCCGGGAGCACUCUCACGCCUCUGCAGCAGGCCGAGGAGCUGCUGAAGGCAGAGAUGGUUACCAUGCUGCAUUAUGACGCGCUGCGAGACCCCCCACUAGGUGUGGACAAAAAGCGAGCUGUGCAAUUACAAGCAUCACACUUAGCGUACUUAGAGCAACAUCCCUAUGAGGAUUUCACUGCUGAAGAACUGACGGCCGCUAAACAAGAGCUCAAAAAGGAAAUAGAGGUAGUGAAGGCCGGUAUGGGACAUGGAGACCUCAGUAUAGAUGCGUACACACAAGUAUGGGAAGAGUGUUUAGCACAGGUUUUGUUUCUCCCAGGGCAAAAUAGAUACACACGUGCCAACUUGGCCAGCAAGAAGGAUAGGUUAGAAUCAGCUGAGAAGAGGUUAGAACAGAAUAGAAAUCACAUGGCAAAAGAAGCUAAAAAAUGCUCGAAAAUGGAGAAGAGACUUCGAGUGCUCACAGGCGGUUACCAGAGUCGUGCUGCUUCAUUAAUAAAGCAAUUCCAAGAAUUACAAGAUCAGAUAGAGCAGUCUAAUCUGGAGCUUUCUACUUUCAAGUUUUUAGCGGAACAGGAGAAAGCGGCCAUUCCAAGAAGAAUAGAGUCAUUAACAGAAGACGUGAAUCGUCAAACGGAUCGUGAAAAACAAUUACAGAAACGUUACGGCGAACUUCAAACAGAACUAGAGGAACUUCACAAAGGAAAACAAAUAAAAGGAACAGAUCUAAAGGCUGUCGAAGAAUAGUUUUUAUAGUUUUAUGGAAUGAUACUUAA